GCUCCGGGCUGAACGCAGCGUCCCGGUGUCCUUCAUCAUCACCUUCAUCUCCCUCCUCAUCCUCCUGAUCGAUCCUCGCUGCAUCUUCAUCCUCCUCAUCCUCAGCGUCAUGUCCGGAUCAAAGGAGGAUUCCCGCCGCGCCUCCAGCGAUUGGCGGGACUUUUUCUGGAACCCGCGAACGCGCGAGCUGCUGGGCCGCACGGGCACGAGCUGGGGCCUGGUUCUGCUCUUCUAUCUGAUCUUUUAUCUCUUCCUGGCUGGACUCUUCGCUCUCACCAUGUUCAUCCUGCUGCUGACGCUGGACGACUACAAACCCACCUGGCAGGACCGACUGGGGACACCAGGUAUGAUGAUCCGUCCUAAAGGCGACCAGCUGGAGAUCAGGUAUUCUGUUUUGGACCCAGACAGUUGGAACGGCUUCGUCCAGAACCUCAAUGCCUUCCUGACCUCCUACAACGACAGCCACCAGGUGCAGCUGAACGACGACUGUCCACCUGAUCAGUAUUUCAUCCAGGAGGACAGUGGAGAGGUGAGGAACAAUCCCAAACGCUCCUGUCGGUUCAACCGCACCAUGCUGGGCGACUGCUCAGGGAUGGAGGACCGUUCCUAUGGCUACAGCAAAGCCCAGCCCUGCAUCCUGAUCAAACUUAACCGGGUGAUCGGGAUGUUACCUGGGAAGGACGGACAGUCUCCUUAUGUCACCUGUGGAGCCAAGAAGGAGGACAGAGAGAAGAUGGGACCUCUGACCUACUUUCCUGUUAACGCGACCUUUAACCUCAUGUACUAUCCGUACUACGGGAAGAAAGCUCAGGUGAACUACACCCAGCCUCUGGUGGCCGUGAAGUUCCUGAACGCCUCUCUGAACCCGACAUCGUGGAGUGUAAAGUGA